AUGCACAAUCAAACGUGCUUUUUCCACACGGAAUACACCAGCUACCUCCCUCUAUCCUGUAUCUACUUCAACUCGGGGCGUCGUCCAUUUCAACCGCUUCGCGCCAGAGUUUACUUCUUGUCAGCCUUCCACGCAAAUAUUGCUAGCGUUAUUUUAUGUGCUGUCACUGUUAAUGCACUAUCUGUGGCACUUGACAGACGUGUUAUGGAGGGUGCAUUGCUGGCCAGCUCAAGUGGUCCGUGUGGGUGGUUAUCUCUGUCUCUCUAUGCGAAUGGUGCUACCCCUCUACUUGUUGGAUGCAACUAUGUACUAUCCUUGCUUACUAUACCAGUAAUACAUCUUUUAUUGUGUGGCAAAGCCCCGACCCCUUCUAUGGAAGAUCUAAAAACAGCAGCAGUUACAGCACUUUUGCCCUAUUUAGUGGGCAUUUGUGGUGCAUCAAAAGUGCAGAACAGCCGAAUGACCAGCAAACUUGCAGCGUUAGUGCUGUUAUAUGUGGACUGCUGUAAUUUGCUGCGGGAAGCAGAAGGCGCUUUGUAUGUGUCCGACGUCUUCACCGCAUUGGUCCUUGUGGCCAGCUGGCUGAGCACAGUAGCGGCAUCGAGCUAUUUAUACGUUAAAUGUAGAAUUCUGGACAUUAACGAAGCGCAAUUAUUACAGCUCGUAGCGACCCCAAAAUCGAGAUUUGAUUGGAUUUCAUCAACUUGUCCCAGAGAGGGAUUAUACCUACUUCCCACCGUGUUCCUUGCGCCGGCGCAGGCAUUUUUACUGUCAUCUAUAUUUUUUGACACUGAUUUAUCUAACCUACCUGUAUAG